AUGGAGCCGCAGUUCAGCCCGACCCGGCCAGUCUCUCAGAGCCUGGAUGUGGACUGGGAUUCAACCCUUUUUGCUGAACUUGGUGAUUUAAUGGACACAGAUGAAUUGCAGCUGGAUGUAGAGAAUGAAACUUAUGAAAACAAUUUCUAUAACCUUGGCUUUGAUUUGGAUUUGAUGCCAUGGGACUCAGAUCCUUGGGGGAUCACAAAUCAAUCUUGUGCAGAUAAAUAUAUCAAGACAGAGGCUCAACCACUUUCUCCAGCUUCCUCAAACUGUUCAGUCUCUUCUCCUCAAUCAGUGGAUUCUUAUUCUUCAACACAGCAUGUUCCUGAAGAAUUGGAUUUAUCAUCUAGUUCCCAGUUGUCUCCCCUCUCUUUAUACACUGAAACCUCUCACAGUCCUUCCUCAUCGGAGUUACUAAAGGAAGACAAGCCCAUCAUUGGUGCUACAAAUAAGACUGUAAAUGGACUGACUCCAAAAAAACAAAGUCACAUCACUUCAAAGCCUUCAAUUCAGCCCAAGCCCUUACUUCUGCCAGCAGUACCCAAGAGUCAAGCCAACUCGAGCAUUCCAACAAAAGCUAUCAUCAUUCAGACACUACCAACACUUUUGCCCUUGACAAAACAGCAGCCUGUUAUUCACAUUCAACCUGCACCUACUAAAGGUCAGCCUCUUGUGCUCUCUCAACCCACCAUGGUACAACUACAGGCACCUGGAAUUCUGCCUUCUGCUCAGCCAGUCAUUGCUGUCACUAGGGGAACUACUCAGCUACCUAACCAUGUGGUGAAUGUGUUACCAACUCCUGUAGGGAAUAACCCAGUUACUGGCAAACUGUCUGUGACCAAACCUAUCCUACAGACGACCACGAGAGGUGCAGGCUCAGAUGUGACUGUCCUACGGAGACAGCAACGCAUGAUCAAAAAUCGAGAGUCAGCCUGUCAGUCUCGCAAGAAAAAGAAAGAAUAUAUGCUAGGUUUAGAGGCAAGAUUAAAAGCAGCCCUUUCAGAGAAUGAGAGACUCAAAAAAGAGAAUGGGUCCCUGAAGCGGCAGCUGGAUGAAGUCGUCUCAGAGAACCAGAAGCUCAAAGUCCCCAGUCCAAAACGGAAAGCUGUGUGUGUGAUGGUGGUGUUGGCAUUCAUAAUGCUGAACUAUGGCCCCAUAAGUGUGUUUGAGCGGGAUUCCAGCACAGUGAUUUCUAGUAUGAACCCUGCACAUCAAAGUAGACAUCUUUUAGGAUUCUCAGCUACAGAGGGACAAGAUUCAAUUUCUAGAAAAUUUGAUGGUGCCAUCCAGAAAAACAACUACAGAUAUGAUCAUUCUGUCUCUAAUGACAAAGCUUUGAUGGUUGUAACAGAAGAGCCACUGUUGUAUAUCCCUCCACCUCCCUGUCAACCAAUAAUUAACCGUACAGAGUCUCUCAGAUUGAAUCAUGAACUCCGAGGAUGGGUCCAUAGACACGAAGUAGAGAGGACCAAGUCGAGAAGAAUGUCAAAUAGUCAGCAACAGAAAACACGUGUACUACAGCCUCCUUCAGAUUCUGAAGAGACCCCAAAAUCUUAUAAGAAUUCUCUGGAACAUGGUUCUAAUUCUCAGCUGAUGGCUGUGCAGUAUACAGAAACAACCAGCAUCAGGAAUUCAGGGAGUGAGCUACAAGUUUAUUAUGCCUCACCUAGAAGUUAUCAAGACUUCUUUGAAGCAAUCAGAAGAAGGGGUGAUACAUUUUAUGUUGUGUCAUUUAGACGGGAUCACCUGCUAUUACCAGCCACUACUCAUAACAAGACCACAAGACCAAAGAUGUCAAUAGUUUUGCCAGCAAUAAAUAUAAAUGAGAACGUCAUCAACGGGCAGGACUACGAGGUGAUGAUGCAGAUCGACUGCGAGGUGAUGGACACCAGGAUUCUCCACAUCAAAAGCUCGGCGGUUCCUCCGUACCUGCGGGAUCAUCAGCGGAACCACACCGGCCCCUACUUUGGCUCUCGGCCCGCCGCCCCGGAGGCCGCUCACGUGGUCAGCGCCAUCACCGAGUCGUUGCAGUAAUAGGCGAGUGCCUGGGCCACCGGCGUGCCGAUGGGCUGCGGGUCGCACGGACGCAUCGUGCCGCCUCAGAGAUAGACUCCAGGGGCCGCCCGUGGGAGCGAGACACGGAGGGAGGCCCAGAGGAACCCUGCUGUUUGCCAACAGGCGGAGCUGGGCUUUUCUGUCCCACGGAGCCCGUGGCGGGAUUCCCGCUUCCUCUGACAUUCCCCUCGGGCGGGCGCUCUUCCGGCCUUGCCUUUGGGCCCUCCGCUCGCCUUUAGCUCCCGUCUCCGCCCUUCAAGGCGGCCUCCUCCGCUCUGCCUUCCCGGGGCCUCUGGGCUUAGUGGCAAGUGGGGCCGUCCCAUGAGGUUGUAAAGCAGAAAAAGCUCGGGGCUGCCGGACUUUUAAAUUUGUUGUUAUGGAACUGCCCCUUCUCGGGCCGCUGUUUAUCCAAAUGAAGGCUCUCCAAAGCCAACGGCCGAAAGUCCUCCAGGACUGCUCAACUGUUUCGAAAAUGCCCCGAACAACCCAGCUUCUGACCAGGUUAAGGUUAAGUGGAAGAGCCCUCCGCGGUGACAUUUAACCUUAACAGAGGUUUUCUUUCCCUUCUCAAGUCCGCCUUCUAAUAAGUCUGACACUCUAAGGCCGCAUGGGGGGCGAGGUGGAGAAGAGAGGAACCGGGCUAAUAUUGGAGGGGGUAAAAUUUCUCUCUUCUCCUUAGUAAUUUGAAAAUGAGAGGAGUACAGGAAAGUUUAAUGUCGAGUUUUGGAGGAAGAACUAGCUAAAGUAAUGAGAGUUUUUAAAGCUGUGAAAACAUUGUGGGACACUGAA